AUGAAUGCUACGCAGCCCUCAGGUAUUUUCAAGGGUUCUUCAACGCUCUUGUUAGGCAAGAUUCAGAAAGGGGAGGGCGUAGAAGUCCCUGUCAAGGCAGGCGAUGUUGUCGUCCUGCCCGCUGGAACGGCCCAUUCAUCCCUUGAAAGCUCUUCUGAUUAUAGGUACAUCGGUGUAUAUCCAAAGGGGUGUCCCAAGUGGAGGAAUGAAACUGGGAAGAAGUCCUCGAGCGUGUUUCUGGACGCUAUCGAUGAAGUUGAUAUGCCUGAAGAUGACCCUGUAUAUGGAACCGAUGGACCAUUACCCAUGCUAUGGAAUCAAGCUCCCCGUGCGAAGCUGUAG